AUGGAGAUCAUCUACCAUAUUCUCUAUGACUCUGGUCAAAGCCGUAAUGAUUCAUUUUCUCUUGAGGCCGGAGGUGGCGGCUCGCCUGCCCCCGAAAUCAAGUGGAUCCACAAUGGCAAACCGAUCGAAGAGACGGCCGUAAACCUGCGCCGCAAAGUUUUUCCCAAUCGCAUCGUCAUCGAGCGGCUGCUGAAGGGCGAAACACGGCAACUACGAUGCAAAGCCACCAACAGCAUCGGCUACGUCUACGAGGAUGUCUACUUGAACGUGUUGGCGUUGGCGCCCGUCAUCGAAAACGCACCGGACGACACGGCCACCGUCGACGGAUCGGCCGUCAAUCUGACGUGCGAAGUCUUUGGCUUGCCCAAACCGCGCGUCAAAUGGAUCCGCGACGGGUUGGAAUUGACGUGCGGCCGCUAUCGCGUUAUGGACAGCGGUGAUCUGGAAAUUAGGGAUGUGACCUUUACAGACGCUGGUGUACACUGUUAG